UGUUAAAUCUACCUGCACAGCAUUAAUCGAACAAGACGUGUUUUUGUUUGCUAUGGAUGCAGCUGCUAACAUGGCUGCUAACAAAUUUGAGUUUUUGAAUUCGUUCGUCUCUCAGCGUCUGUUAGCUGUGGCUGGAGAGAUCUUUCAAGUAGUUAAGGAAACUAUUAACGAGUACCAAGAAGAAAUAGAGCGCACUACACAGGAAAACCAUUACCUGAAAAAAAUGCUAACGGAAAAAUGCACGAGUAACGGAGCAGAUAAUGAAACCAGUCCAGCAGUUCCUCAGGAGCUAACAAACUUCAAUCAAGAGUCAAUGGACUCGGUUAUACAAGUUAAGGUGGAGCUUUCCACCAUGCAUCAGGAUGCUGAGUCACAGGGGCCAUUAAACAAUCCUUCCUCAUCCUCCUCUCCCUCUGCUGUGACUGCAUACCAGGAGCCAUCUUACCAUUUUUCAGAAAACACUACAAACAAGGAAGAAGUGGCCGAUGAUCUACAUAACUCAGGAGUCACAGUCAAGUUGGAGCCAUGGGACUCGCAGGUCAUCUAUUCUGAUGAUGCACCAUCUGCGAUGCAAAAUGAAAUUAUUGCUAAUAACAAUUUUGAAGGCAUGAGAGAUGAUCAAGGCACCUCCUAUUCUCAGUGUCAGGUUACUUUGGAGAGCAUGUCACAUGCUGAACCUCGCAUACAGAGUCAGACUGUUGAAAGGGUUGUUUACUGUGAGUAUUGUGGAAAGCCUUUCGGGAAUCGUGAGCAGCUGAAACAACACCUGGUUGUGCAUCAGAAAGAGAAACCGAGGCCGUAUCGCUGUGACUUGUGUGAGAAGAGCUACAGUUAUGCCCAAGUUCUUGAGAUCCACCGUAGGACUCAUACAGGAGAGAGACCCUAUCACUGUAGGUUUUGUGGAAGACGAUUUAAUCAGCAAAGUCACCUGAAGUACCAUGAGAGAAUUCAUACUGGCGAAAGGCCUUUUGGCUGUUCACUUUGUGGAAAAAGAUUCAUUCAGAGAAGUCAAGUGAAGAAGCACAAUUGUAAACGUCAGGUUAUUCUUCAGUAAUCAAAUGUGUAAAUAUUAUGAGAAGUUGGAUUGUAGUGUUUUAAAUGUUCAUCGAGUGAUGUAUUGCUUCUGCCACAUGUCCGUGUAGUAAACCAUGCGAUUUGUGUGGCAGUAGUGGUCCUGUCAUAGAUGCUGAUAUUAAGCUACGACUAAAUUUGGGCAAAAACAAAGGUUCAACCCUCUGCUUGGACAAGCACCCUACACUAUACUAAUAAGAGUCCUUGGCCAAGACUCCUAACACUUCGCCUAAAUGUGUAAAAUGAUCAAACUGUAAGUCGCUCUGGAUAAGAGCAUCCUAGCUGCCUAGUGUCAUAAAUGUAAAACACAUAACUUUGGCUAAAUUUUCCGUCUUGUUCAUUCUUGUCUUUUCAUCUUUCAUUAUAUAUGAAUAAAUUAAAGAAUUUCAAGACUUUAGUGAUUUUCUGUUUAACACUGAAACAGAUGUCAAGUUUUGUUUUAGCAUGCAAAUUCUUGGAGACUGGAAGGUGAUCAUGUGUGACUAUUUAAUAAAGGAAUUUAUAUUAAUGCAA